UUGAAUUCGAAACGAAUUAUAUGCUUUCGCUAAGAAUAAAUAUAUCAUAUUAGGGUUUGGCGUUAGAGUUGUCAAAACUGUUUCUUGUGCUCAGUAAACCCAACUGCAGGUUCUUUUUUUUUCUAUUUAGGGCGAACAUAUGAGUCGUAUGGCAGGUGUAAAGUAUAAUUCGCAUGACAGACCUUAAAAAUAUCUGACAUUCGCAAAGUGAAAAUAAUUUUAAAAAUUGUGUGAUAUACGAAAGAAUGGGAUGGUUCGUUUAGGACCGGUCAGCAAUCUUGAAAUAGUGACAGCCAGCAGCCAGACAAAACAGAACUUGUAGAUAGCAGGGAUGACACUCUUUUGAAAGCAGUUGUAAGAAUCAUGCUCGUCUCGUAGCCAUAAACAUUGGCCACAAUUGUUUACCAUAUCAUGACAACUGGGCUCCGUCAUAUCGCCACUGAACCAGCCAGUUUAAGCAUCAGAUACCUUGGAAUGGACAAGAAAAGAAGUCCUCAAUUCAGAAACAAGAUGAAAUCAGUGACUGGUGGAGCUUCUGACUCUGAGGGCAGUGUUGAGAGCAAUAGUCUGUCUGCAGAGUCAGCCACUGAUAUUGUGCCAAAAACACCCCCAAAGGAUGGUGUUGUUCCAAAUAAAAGAACCACACGACGUGGAUCUGAAUGGGAAAUUCUAGAAGGUUUAAAAGAAGGACAGAGAUUUGAUAAGAAGCCAGAUGUGGCCACUGGGUACCUGCACAAGAAAAGAAAAUGGCCCCUGAAGGGCUGGCACAAGAGGUACUUUGUAGUGGACAAAGGAAUCCUAAUAUAUGCAAAAAGUCCUGGCGAUAUUGCAAGAGGAAAGAUUCAUGGAUCUGUUGAUAUUGGGUUGUCUGUUAUAUCAACAAAAGAAAAGAGGCGACGCCUUGAUAUUGAUGCUGAGGAAUUCAUUUACCACUUGAAGGCAAAAACCCAAGACAGCUUUGUGAAAUGGGUUGAGCAGCUAAAGCAGCACAGAUUGUACAGGCAACAUAUUCUGACAUUUGGAACAAGAGAGCUACCUGUAAUAAAUGCUCAGGAUGACAACAGUCCAUCAGCAAACUGUACAAUUCAGCAGACGCCCCUCAGCAGUCAUUUGUUCAAGGCCUCACUAUUCAGAGGUGGAAAACCUAUAGAACUUCCAAUGACACCACCAGACCUGACACCAAGCCGUGAAGGUUCUCUUCCGAGAGGAGUGAAGCCUUGUUCUCCCCCACCGAACAUCUUAGGAGGUUUAGCCUCUGGCCGCCUUGCUGCAUGGGUUAUUGAUUCCUUCUCAUCACUAGAUUCACUCAACAAAGAAUUGGGACAAAUUGGUCAGAACAUAACUCAGUUGUGCCGCAUCCUGGAACAAAUAGAGGCAAUUCCAACUACAGAUGCUGAGAUUGCCACAGAAAGCUUUUCACCAAAUGUGAAGAAAGACCGAAAAAAAUUUGGAUUGCGUAAAAAGAAGAGUUCUAAAGGCAGCUCUGUAGAUCUUACAGGAUCAAGUCCAAGCAAAAAUACAGACCCAGAGUCAGCCUCACCACUAUCUACCUGCUCACUGGGGACGGGACAUAGUCCAUCACUUCAGCAGGCACUGAGUAGCAGCAACACUUCCUUACCUACAGCAUCAGCCCCAAUAGCUGUCGCUGUGGCACGGCCUCAGAGCUUGCCAGGAACGGAGCAACACCUCUUAGUGGCUGCAGGGAGUCCAGGACUGCUGCUCCCUUCUGGAACACCAACAGACAAUCAGCUCAGAGAUGAUUUUCAAGUGCUUGCAAAAGACAUUCACAGCAGCCUCAAGUCAGCCUUGUACACUUUGUCCACUGAGCGUGACCGACUGAAAUCUGCUCUCGAGUCUGACAGCAGUGGUUCUCUAAAUGCGAGCAGCAUGGCAACAUCUGGAAGUGGAAUGGUUGCAGCUCUUCGAACGGCUCUGAGUCAGGCAAUACAGCAAAAUGGGGAAUUACGCCAACGACUGCAACGCAUUCAUGAUGUUGCAGAUCUGAGUGACCUCUCCUCAAUAGGACCUGCUUCUGAGGUGCAGAAACCACUACACGCGUCACUUUCAUACAGCUCCUCCUGCGUUAGUGCUUCAGAGUUCUUCGAUGCCGAAGAGUAUCAAAUACAAGACGGUGGAGGGGGUCGUGAAAGUGAUACUUCUUCAGAAGCUGGCAGCAUAACGAGUGAGGAAGGCAGUGUCAGUAGUGAGAACAGUGAGGUCGGCACUGAAUACACUCCUGCACAGAGUGCGGCUCCUGGGGGAGGCAGUACAAGUAUAAAAUGUAUGACUGGCAGGAGAACCAAACUGCCCGCCGUCCGUCCAGACACAGAAGGACUUUCAUUGUGGAACCUUUUGUGCAAGAAUAUUGGCAAAGAUCUUUCACAAGUUUCAAUGCCAGUGGCUUUAAAUGAACCUCUCUCCAUGUUACAGAGAAUGUGUGAAGAACUGGAAUAUAGUGAACUUCUAGACAAGGCUGCUGAACUUGAUGAUCCAUAUGAGCGUAUGGUAUAUGUAGCAGCAUUUGCUGUGUCAAGCUAUGGUUCAUCAUAUUUUCGUGCUGGCAGCAAACCAUUUAAUCCUCUGCUAGGGGAAACGUAUGAAUGUAUUAGAGAAGAUAAAGGCUUUAGAUUCAUUGCUGAACAGGUUAGCCAUCAUCCUCCAAUAAGUGUGUGUUACGCAGAAUCCAGAAAUUUUAUUUUUUGGCAAGAUGCACGAAUAAAAACAAAGUUCUGGGGCAAAUCAAUGGAAUUCCAGCCAACAGGUACAGUGAAUGUUCUCCUUCCAAAGUUUGGUGAUCACUAUCAGUGGAACAAAGUGACAACCUGUGUCCACAACUUAUUUGGAGGACAGCGAUGGGUUGACCAAUAUGGGGAAUUGCGUAUUACAGCUGGCAAGAUAAACUGUAAACUCACAUUUGUAAAGGCCAGCUAUUGGUCAGCAAAACGCCAUGAAGUGUUUGGUGUGAUCACAAAUGAAGAUGGCAAGGUUGUGAAAAAUUUGUUUGGAAAGUGGAGUGAAGCACUGUACUGCGGCGUAGCUCCAUCAGCACGCUGUAUCUGGAGGCCAGGCACCAUGCCAGAAGAUUAUGAACUAUAUUAUGGCUUUACAAGAUUUGCUAUUGAGCUAAAUGAACUGGAUCCAGAUAUGUCAAAAUAUCUACCAAUAACUGACACCCGCUUCAGACCUGAUCAGAGGUUGUUAGAAGAGGGGAACCUUUCUGGAGCAGAGACUAUUAAACUUCAGUUAGAACAAGCACAGCGGGAGCGGAGAAAACGCAAAGAACAGGAGGGUAUACAACAUCAGCCAAAAUGGUUUAGCAAGCGCAUGUCAGAUACAGGUGAAGAAAUAUGGGAAUAUUCUCAUCGUUAUUGGGAAUGCAGAAAAAACCCAGGCUUUGUUAACAUGUCAUUUGAAGCCAUUUGGUAGCAUCAUAUAUUUAAUGGUUACAUUGUUGUGUGGUUUUACAAAUAUGUGCUUAUGUAUCUUUUGAAGAGCAAUCCCAUUGUGUGUGAUGAGUAAUGAAUAAGGCUUUUGUUGAGAUCAGGAAACUAACUAAUAUUUAGCAUCUAAAUGUAGAUAAGUAAGUUUCUGGACACUAAUGUUUAGUAUAUAUAUAUAUGUAAACCUAAUUUUGGAACGCUCAUGACAUUAAGUUCCCAAAGCAAAGUAUUGUUGGUGUGUGUGUGUGUGUGUGUGUGUGUGUGUGUGUGUGUGUGUGUGUGUGUGUGUCACUAUAUAUAAUCCACAGAUUUUGGGAAUAACUUGUCUGUAUUCAUUGAAUUAAUGGUGAAAUUUAUCUGUUGUCUUGCGUACUUUUGAGCAUUUCUAAAUCCGUCAGUCAUAUAUUUUUGAGAGUUCUGGCAGCUUUCAAUUAUAAGUACUUGAAAUAUGUAGCAUGUAUGAUCAGUACUAUUUCCAUGUCUAAAAUGUGGUUGUGUGAUACAUAUGUAUUGUUACAUUAAGUUCACAGUGCUUUAUUUCCUAUCUGGUGGCCUACGUCUCCACAACUGAUACAUCUUUGAGUCAGAUAAAAGUGUAACAUGUGCAGGGGUCUUGAUUUUGUUGUGCAUAAUCAAUCUAAUAAUUCCCAUGAUAAUGAAAUAUCGAGUGGUGCUUGUAGUAUGUAAGUCUUAGGCAAAGUUCAUAUAACUAGCCUCUCAAAUGUGGAAUAUCUUUGUACUCAGGACAGUUUUAGAUCAGGACUGUCCUAAAAAAAUUAAUAGCAGCUAAGUGGAGAUAAAUGCAGCGAAUUAGUGAGAGAGUUCAAUCAUUAUGCUAUGUCAAUUUGACCAGAUCAUUGAGUUUAUUCAUAGAUAAGAUGUGUACUGUGAGAAAAGUAUUUUUUUUCCCACAUUUGAGAGAGGUGAUUUAAAUCUUCCUUCUAUUUAAUGUGUGGAGGGAUUUAUGUUGAAAAUCUUACUGUUAAUUUUAAAAAAGAAAAUACUAUUGCUAAUUUUCCAUAGCCUAAUUUGUGUUAGAAAUGCUAUCAUGAACAUGAUAAAUAUGCAUUGUUAUAUUCUUAUAUUUGUCUGAUUUAAUCAGUCAUGUGUAAAAAAGAAAAGUCAAAACUGUGCGUUAAAAAUGACAUUGAACCUUGGUACCUAUUUGGCAGUUUCAUAGUAACUGGUGAUAUAUUUUAAUAUAUACUUGUAAACUAUAUUAUUGGAUUGUUUAUAUUGUUAAGGUUUGAAGGAUGUAAUAGAAAAGUUUAUUAGGUGUGUGUGUGUGUGUGUGUGUGUGUGUGUGUGUGUGUGUGUGUGUGUUGUUUCACUGUUUAACAUUUUUUGGAGAAAAUAGUAGUAUUCUUCUCUUGACCCCUCUAUGCUGUCUUAUGUAAUUAGUUUUCUUCCUUUAUGUUAUUCAGCACACAAUCUCUGAGGAAGCAUUACAACACAUUGGCUUGGAACCAUUUCCACUUUGAUUACCAUAAUAAAUGAAAGCAAAAAGGAAAUUAAUUGCAUUUGAUGAAAAAGUAUGCCAAAUUGUUAUUUCUGAAUUUUUUUAAUGCCUGGCUCCAUAAGAAUUUUUCCUCUCACUUCCAUGUAUUACUAUAAUGUUCUAAUAUGCCCUACUCUGGGCAGCUAAUGUCUUGCCUGUUGUCUUCUGUAAGCUGAAUUGGUUCCCCAAUAGUCCGUCCUUGAAUUGAUGCUAAUACUUUUCUGUGUAAAACAUCAAUAACAAGUUUGUUCAGUAUUCUUUGUCUUAGGGAGUUAGCUUUUUAAUUAUUUACUUAUUUCUUUGAUACUAGAGUUAAACAACUGAAGCAAUGUUACUUUGUCUCUUCUUACUUUUGUUAAGUGGCAGCCUUGACUGAGUCUUAAUUUUUAUAGGUAUUAUACAUAAGUUUCACUUAAGACAUUAUGACAUAUUAUUGUUGUUAAACUACCUCAUUGCUGCGUUUUCCCACACCACAUUUAAAAAGAGUCAGUCUCUUAGGCAUUUUAUUUAACAUCUGUCCUAAAUAUAUCAAGUCAUUUUUAAAAUUUGAUAAUAGAUAGCCAUUUAAUCUCAAUCUACACAUUAGAUAUCUGCUACAUGUCUCAUUCCUUAUGUAGUCACGUGCAAUGGGCAUUUACUGGAACCUCAGGUAUGAAGUGUUAGGUCUUAAUACAUAUGAGAUAGUGGACUGAUUAUGAUAUUACUUAAAAGCACACGGAACAGAAAUGGUAAGGCCUGAACAUUAAGAGCUGGAUAAAUUCUUCAACAAUUGAGUACAGUAGAGAGAUAAAAAGAUCAUUCAGAGCUCCACCUGAUAUUAAUGAGCCUAGCUGUGACAUUUUAUUUGUGAGCAGUUCAUCUGUGUCCCCCCCCCCCCCCUUUCUCUGUCAAUCAUCCCCCUUACCCCCACCCAGUUACCAAACAUUUGUUUUGUGUUACUGUUUAAUAAUAUGCUCCAUAGGUCACAUCUAUAAUUAAGAUUUUCAUAUGGCUCAUAUACGUUGUGUAAACAAUUGCUUGUGGCAGUACAGGAUUAAUUUCUCAUCUGUGUAUGGCUUCUGAAUACUUACUUUCAAAUAUGUCAAAUCUUUUAUUUUUUCAAGCUUGUGUGCUACCUUUAAACUCAGUAUCACUACUUGAUCAUUGUAUUUUUCUUCUUAUUUCAUCAUGCUACAAAAUUAGUCUACUCUUGUGUGUUUACUUUAAAAUUUUACACCCCAAACACUUGCCCCCAAGCAGAAAAUUUCACUUCACGUCAGUAGCAGUGUGAAUUCUGGGAGUGAUGACCAUCCUUUAGUUGCAGCAGGACUAUUAUGUCCUUCUUCUAAUCUGUGAACUUCUAUCUCAGCCAUGAUUUCAUUUCACCUGGGACACCCAUAUACCAGCUUCUGUGCUGGAUGAAUUUCAAAUGAACAUGGUUUUUCAGAUAAAUCUUGAAUAUUUUCAACACCUGGUCCAUCUUGAUGGCACCCGAUAUGCUCAGAGAACGAUUAGUUCUUCUCAUUCCAUGAUUACUUUAUAACACAUUUGCAUUUGAUGGUUUUAGCUCAAUCAGCAGACAAAGUUGACAUGGCCCAUUGCAACCUACCAUUGCAUACUAUCGGUUUCUUGUCUCUCUCACUUCGCAAGAAAAUUGCAGUGUUUCUGAGAACUUGGGAUUUAUUGCAGCUACAAAUUAUGCCAUUGACUUUACUAUGUUUGUUGGUGCUUUCUUAUCUGUUGAUAUUUAUGUUUAUAAAUUUUAUGGUAAAUUUGUUGGCCCCAGAUAUCUACACAAUUGAAUGUGUGUACCCUUUAUUAAAAUUUUGUGUAGAAAUUUGUUCAGCAAGGGAUUCAUGUGAUUGUUCUUUUUUAUGGAGAUCCUUUAAAAUGGGAGAUUAUCUGGAAGUUUUCACAUGUAUUAGACUUCCAUAGGUUUUGCAUAAAAAUUAUAUUAUGAAUCGUCACAUCUUUAAAAAAUUUCAAAUUUAUCAACAGUAUUUUCACUUAAUUAGGGCAUAUGUUAUCUUUUAUAUAUAAAAUGGUAACUGAGGCAACACUUGUGCACAUUGAUGCGAUUGCUGGAGACUGCUGUAAUGUCAUACUUUUACAAUGUAGAUACACUGAGUUGUUUGUAAUGAAAUGUAAUUAUUCAACAGAGCACUUCAAGUGUAAGAUUUUGUCUUGCCUUUAUUAUAAACCACUAGACUUCUCUCUCCACUGCCAUAAACUCAGUCAUGAGUGGAAACUGAUUAAAAUGCUGAUUAUAUUAUUUCACUCUGUGGAAUUUGGAAACAGUGGUGCUACUGUAACCAUUUUUUUUAUCAUGUCAGAGAUAAUUGAAUCAAUAAAAUUUUAUCAGAGUUCAAAGGAUUCUUUCUUAUUUUCGUUUGAUUCAUAUAUUUUAUAUAUUAUUUUUCAUAUGCAACAUGUUAGUAUGUGGUUAUGGAUAUGUUUUAAUUUUUUUCACGUUAUGUGCCUGGAACAAAUGUCAGAUGGGAGGCAAAUGUGAAAUGUUGUAUUUAAUUUCUGUACUGACUAUCAAAGACAGAAAACACUAAACAUAACUGCAUACUAGCUGAAAGAGAGCUGCACUGUUUGAAAGCAUUUGCAUAGAUAACGUUACUGGGGCCACGUCUUUGAAGCUGGUGAAAAAACAGAUCUGACCAGGAAAAACUUAUAGUUGGCAACAUAAUAGUUUUAAAAUCAAAUCUUAAAUUUUUAAACAAACCACCACAUCCUUCGCUAUUGUUAUUUCCUCUGUCAAAAUGCGGGAACGGAAAAGUGAAAUACAAUGAGCAAAGAAACUGAGAGCCAAAGUCAACCUAUUCUUCUUAGGAUGCUUGCUGUGUAGACAUAUUGUCAAACAUUUGCAAAAGUGUGUGACUUGUACUAGACAGAAACAAAAUCAAAGCAAUAUUUGUUUCAAAAUAGUUUAUAAAAUCCUCCAAUUAUGUAUUAAUUUAAUAUUUCACAAUGUCAACUGUAUUUUAUUUGAAACAGUCAUAAUAAUUUGUAUGUGAUGAGAGUAAUACAGUAGACUGCCACUAUUACCAAUAUUUGUUACCAUUCCUCCUAAUUAUUAUUACUGUUAUUAUUAUUAUUACUGUUAUUUUUUCUUUGUUUGAUGGAGUAUCAAUAUGUUAUGGCACUAAUUAUUAGUUAUUAAAAUUUGGCAUAGCUGUAUGUUGCAAAUUUUUCACUGUUCUAUAAGGCCUUAUUGACAGAAUGCUUAUGCUGUAGUUUUUUAAGCUGUAUUUAAAUUUUUUAUAUGCCACUACUAAGUAUCGUCAAAUGAACUUAUAGUACAGUAUUUUUUAUAACAGAAUCUAAAUUACCCAACCAAGUCAUACGAUUUCAUUUAAUACCUUUUUAAUGGACUCUAUGCACACAAAUAAAGAAAUAGCCACAGAUAUUACCACUAUUAAUGUUUGUAUUUCUUUAAAAUAGAAAUUGUUGAUACAUAAUUUCCUGUAUUUGCCUACAGCUUAGACAUUUUUAAACUAGUUAGGCCUAUGCCCUGGUUUGAUUACCAUAUAAAAACAUGGUGGCUUUGGAAUGCAUGAUUCAUAUUUUUUUCUUUAGUGUAAAUGUGUUUAAAUAUGUAAUAACUGACUUUUCAAAAUAUAAAUGUUGAACAUCUUUAAGCUUUUGAGCAGCUCGUAGAACCAUUUGUACUAACAGUUCCUUUAAGAUAUGUGUCCGUUCUUAUAGAAAUAUCAAUGCUCAAACUACUUAAUAUUAGAAUGAAAUUGUUAGUUGACCAUGAUGUACUUAAUCACAUUCCAUAACAACCCUUCAAGUGGGAUUACCUGAAGCACCUAUUUAAUGAAAUCUUAUUAAACCUCUCCAAGGGCUGUGUUAGAAUAAUAAAUAUAUAAUAUACACUUAAAUGCUUAGAUUUAGGCUGCUACUCAUAAAAUUGAGCUGAAUAUUAUGAUUUGACAGUAGAUAUGAGAUAGGUAAAUCACUUGUCGUUGUUGUUAGUAAUGAGAAACACAUAAACAUGAUAUUGUUACUAGAAUGAAUCUUUUAUAAUUGACAAUAAUGUGCAUUGCACACAUUAUCUGUACAUUUAUUGAGACCUGUUUUGUUAAUUAAGUUAUUCUACUUAAAAAAUUGUCUCCAUUUGGUUCUUCAAGUGAAGUUUUUCUUUAUGUUGACUUGCUAGUAUAAUAUUAUGAAAAAUGUUUAAAAAAUGAAAAGGGAAAACAACAUAGUUUUGGGACAACUCUUUCUGUAAGCUGUGGUAUGAUUUAAAAAAUAUGUAUAAUGUAAAAUUUUAUAUGUGCUGUAAUGUGGGAAAAACUACUGCAAGAGGGGGAAAAAGGAACUUGUUGAAGGUGGGUAACAAUACAGUAAGAAAUGGAAGGGUGAGAUUAUUUUUGUGCAGCUUAAAUAACAUUCCUUAUAAAGUGUGUUUAGCCAUGCUUAAUGAAACAUAAAGUAAAACAAGAACUGAAAUGUAAUUUAAUUUCAGCAAAGAGAUUGAUAUCACAUUUUACUUAUGGUGUAUGUAUAAAGCAGAAAUAUGCAGAUUUUAUGUGAAGAGAAUUAUGUAACAUAAAGCCACAAACUGUUGUGGUUCUGUUGGCAUUGUUUUUAAGUGACAUGACUACUUAAAUUGAAUAAAAUACUUAAUUCCUAAUUAUUUUAUCUCAGAGAAAGCACUGUUUAUGCUCAUAUAGUGGUGUAAUAUAUGUGAUACCCUUAAUCUUUCUGGAUUAUUUAAGUACAAAUGUAACAAUAAAUAACUGAA